AUGGCAAACUCCAAAUCAUUGCACCUCACCGCAUUCAUGCGACCAGUUAGUCUACACACUGGCGCAUGGCGAUAUCCCGGGUCGUAUCCAGAUGCCAACUUCAAUCUAGCUCACCUCAAAUCAUUCAUCAAGACCUUGGAAGAUGCUAAAUUCGAUGCCUUCUUUAUGGCCGACCACCUGGCCGUCUUGAACAUGCCAACCGAGGCACUCAAACGUAGCCAUACCGUCACUUCUUUUGAGCCCUUUACUCUGUUAUCGGCGCUAUCCGUGGUUACGGAGAAGAUUGGCCUUGCCGCGACAGCCUCGACCACCUACGACGAGCCAUACCACAUCGCCCGCCGCUUUGCUUCUUUGGACCACAUCAGCAAUGGAAGAGCAGCUUGGAACAUUGUCACCACUGGGAAUCCCGAGUCAGCCAAAAACUUUGGCCUUGACGAGCAUUUGGAACACAGCGAGCGCUACAAGCGGGCUCGCGAGUUCUACGACGUUGUCACCGGUCUCUGGGACAGCUUUGCCGACGACGCAUUUAUCCGUGACCGAGAGAGCGGCGUGUUUUUUGACCCGCAGAAGCUGCAUGUCUUGGAUCACAAGGGCGACGCACUAAAAGUCAGAGGGCCACUCAAUAUUGCACGCCCAGUCCAGGGCUGGCCUGUCAUCGUUCAAGCAGGGCAAUCCGAGCCUGGAAAGCAGCUCGCUGCUGAAACGGCAGAAGCAGUCUUCUGCUCGCCGAAGGACCUACAAGCUGCGAAGGCCCUGUAUGCCGACAUCAAGGGCAGGGCUAUCGUUGCGGGACGGGAUCCCAAUCACCUCAAAAUCCUGCCCGCUGCCCUGAUUGUCAUUGGCGACACAGUCGAAGAUGCACAAGCCAAGCGCCUCAAGUUGGACAGCCUGGUGCACUACGACAGCGCCAUUGCCUCACUCUCCGUCGUGCUCGGCACGGAUGCGUCCACCUUUGAUCCAGAUGGCCCACUCCCAGCAGAUAUCCCAGAAACUAACGCAAGCAAAACCGGACGAGCAGGAGUUCUGAAGCUGGCUGAGGAGGAGGGGCUGACGGUUAGGCAGCUUGCACAGCGAUAUGGAGGCUAUGCUGGGCUUGCAUUUGUUGGGACGCCUGGGUCAGUUGCCGACGCCAUGGGCACCUGGUUGGCCGAGGAGGCUGCAGAUGGCUUCACUGUUGUGUUUCCUUUCUUGCCACAAGGACUUGAUGAUGUUGCUCUCCGUUUGGUCCCGGAGCUGCAACGCCGAGGCAUCUUCCGUCGGGAUUAUGAGGGGACUACACUGCGAGAACAUCUUGGGCUUCCUCGACCGAAGAACCAGUUCUUUCAAGACUAA